AUGUCUAUCUUCCAAGCAAAAACUCCUCAAGGACCAUUGGCACACUACAAAAUCUUGUCCAAAACUGCUGGAGUCCGUGUCAGUCCUCUAUGUUUGGGUGCUAUGAAUUUUGGAGAAAGCUGGGGAGCAUUUAUGGGAGAAUGUACCAAGGAAGAGUCAUUCAAGAUCAUGGAUACCUUCUAUGAAGCUGGCGGAAACUUUAUCGACACUGCAAACAACUAUCAAGCUGGUGAAUCUGAACAAUGGGUCGGUGAAUGGAUGAAGGCUCGCGGAAACCGUGAUGAGAUGGUCAUUGCUACCAAGUUCACGACCUUAUACCCCAAAAACACUCCCAAAAUUGCCAUCAACUCUACUGGAAAUCACUCAAAGAGUCUCCACCUUUCACUUCGUGACUCUUUGGCAAAACUCCAAACUGAUUAUAUUGAUAUUCUCUAUGUACAUUGGUGGGACUACACUACCAACAUCCAUGAGCUCAUGCAAUCACUCAAUCACUUGGUAAAAUCUGGCAAAGUCUUGUAUUUGGGUAUAUCUGACACACCUGCAUGGGUCGUCUCUGCUGCCAACACCUAUGCUCGUGAAAAUGGUUUGGCACCAUUCGUAAUUUACCAAGGCAAAUGGAAUCUCGCUGAACGAGAAUUUGAACGUGAUAUCAUUCCUAUGUGUCGAGCUUUUGGAAUGGCUUUAGCUCCAUGGUCUGUUAUGAUGGCAGGAGCAUCAAAAACCGCAGAACAAACCGAUGCCGGAAAGGGUCGUGCUGCUUUCCGUCCCGACUCUGAAAACAAGAAGAGAGUUCGUGAGCAAGUUCUUGCUGCAGUUGACAAGGUUGCCAAGGAAGUUGGUGCAACUCGUCAGCAAAUAUGUAUCGCAUAUGUGAUCAAGAAGGAAACCCAGACAUUCCCAAUUUUGGGUGGUCGCAAAUCUACUCAUUUGGCUGAUAACAUCAAGGCAUUGGAACUUGUCUCCAAGUUGACUGAUGCUCAAGUCGCGGCGAUGGAAACUGCCUCUGAAUUUGAUAUUGGGUUCCCUCAUGACUUUAUUGGAGGUGGCAAAGUUGAGGACAACUUCCUGUUGAAGAUGGGUGGAAAGAUCGUAGAGCCCGAAAUCAUACCUCAAAACUAG